UAAAAAUCCAAUUUCAAUUGCAAGGCCAGUUUAGUAGUUUAAACUCGAACGAGACGAGAAGUUGUCUUGGAAUACACAGUAGAAAAUUAAAGGCUCGAAUAGUAGAAAUAUGCAUUCCCAUGUUGAGCAGGUCUCAAAUCAACAGGAGUUUGAUAGUGUAACAGGAAUUUUAAAUGAAGAAGACCUAGAGGUGACCGAAACAGCGUUGGAAAAAGAUAUUCGAGUAUUGAAGAGUGCCAAAGAACGUAAAUUGGAGCCAGCGUGGCUAAAUAUUAUUAUCAUAUCCUAUGUUGCUUUAGGAUCAUUGUAUGGGGUUUACCUGCUCUUGACAAAUUCGGUGAAAUUAAAAACCUUUGUAUUUGCUACUAUACUAUCGUACUCCUCCGGUUUGGCAAUUACGGCUGGUGCACAUCGUCUUUGGACACAUCGUUCCUAUAAAGCCAAAUGGCCUGUUAAGAUUUUCUUACUUAUCCUCAAUACGGUUGCUUACCAAAACUCCGUCUAUGUGUGGGCUCGUGAUCAUAGGGUGCAUCACAAGUAUAGCGAGACCGAUGCCGAUCCUCACAAUGCUAUGCGUGGUUUCUUCUUUUCGCAUGUUGGUUGGCUGUUGUGCAAGAAACAUCCUGAUGUGAAGGCUAAGGGUAAAGGUAUAGAUAUGUCGGAUUUGAAAAGUGAUCCUUUGGUGAUGUUCCAACACAGACACUAUUUCAUUUUAAUGCCAUUGCUGAGCUUUGUUAUUCCAACUCUAAUACCAAUGUACUUAUGGGGUGAAACCUUCAGUAAUUCCUGGCAUGUAAGUGCGCUGCUUCGUUGGUUCUAUUCGGUCAACUGGGUAUGGUGUAUAAACAGCGUUUGCCAUUUGUACGGCAACAAACCAUACGAUAAACGCUUGAAUCCCGGAGAAAAUAACCAAAUAUCCUGGCUUACAUUAGGAGAAUGUUUCCAUAACUACCACCAUGUCUUUCCUUGGGAUUAUAAGACUGCAGAGUUGGGUGGAUCCAUGAGUAAUUUGGGUGCCUUAUUCAUUGAGACCUGUGCUAAAUUCGGAUUGACUUAUGAUUUGAAAACCGUUCCCCAGGACAUUAUUAAGCAACGCAUUAUGCGAACCGGUGAUGGAAGUCAUCCCAUUUGGGGUUGGGGCGAUAAAGAUCAACGGCCAGAAGAAAUUGCGAAUGCAGUUAUUCUUGAAAAACGUCAUUGAUCUCUCUGAUGGGCUUUAAAAUAUAAUGAUAUCUACACAGAGCAAAUGAAAAACUCGGUCCAACUGAGAUAUUUAUUAAAUCUAUAAAAUGAAGGGGUGACUCACCAAAUAUCGUCAUUAAAAUAAAAUCAAAUGUGUAUUCCUUAGA